AUGGAUCCAGGCAAAGGUGGCGUGGAGACACCAAGCUCCGUCCCUGACAGGCUACGUGAAGCCGAUCUCUUUUGGUGGCCCCUGUCUCCAUCUGCAGCGACCUCCAGCACAGCCGUCGGAUCCACGGACGAGGAUGUUGUGGAUCAAGCUGACCUCGAAGCCUCAAAGCCAGACAUCGCCGAGCCUGCACCCCCAGUGGCACUAGCAAGAGCUGCAGGGCAAAAGUGCAAGUCCGGCAGCCUGCCAGCCGGGGGCGUCACCCUCGCACGAGCGCGUGCCCUCUCGCAGAUGGCGAUGGAAGAUUUGUCGAAACCGGCAGAAGCCCGGGUUGAUGCCUCCUAUGUCCAGAAGCUGCGCGAAGAAUGUCAGGCAGCAAAUAGUCGCAUUCAGGCGAAUGUCUCGUCGGUGGCAAAGAUCUCAGGGGCAUGCAAGGUGCUAGAGGCCCAGCAUGUUGACGUUGAAGACGCGAAGAGUCGAGUCCGGCAUGCUCGAAACAUUCGCUCAGCAGACAUCUCCGUGUGCCGACGGCGGUUAGAGCUGCUCCAAGACCUUGAUUGGGUCGGAGCCGCGGCCUCCGCCGACAAGGAAGGCGCGACGAGUGCAAGGAGCUCAGAGACGCCAGCACCGGAGACUUCUCAGAAGAACUUGAUGGAGGCACUGGAGGUGGAGCAGGAGGCUCUGCUUCUCAUGCGCCGGGAGCUAGACCUGCAGGAGGAGGAUCUUAGCCAAGCCGCAGAGCAACUGCUGGAGCUCCACGGUUGCCUGAAGAAGGAAAUGGCCCAGCGCCGUGCAGCUUUGAGGCAAGACUCCGCUGCAAAGCGGGGCUCCGGCGAGACUUCGGCCUCUGGCUACAUGUCCGUCGGGGACAGCUGGAAGUUUUGGGCGAAGCGUGUCAAGGCUGCGCAGGUGGAUGCGCAGCAUCUGUGCAAGAAGGCUUCCUCAACCAUCCAGUACACUGACUUGGAGUGUGCCAAAGCGCAGCGGUCCACUCAGGACUGCCUGGCGCAGUGCAGUAGCGACCAACGCGAGCUGCGGAGAAGGUUUGACACGCAGUUGAAAGACGUGGAAUUUGCUAUGUCCUGCGCGGAAUGGACCCUUAACAAGCCGGAAAACAGGUCAAAGGCACGCAGUCAGACUGAGGCCACCCAAGUGCAACGCUCCAACGUCCUGCUCCAUGAGCUCUCCACAACUCAGAAGAAUUUGCGGUGCCUUUCUCGCCAGUGCAAGAGGGAUCUGCAGGUUCUCGAGGCUUGCCGUAAUGUGACAACGGCCAACGUCGCUGCAAGGCCUUCGUCGGCCCCAGGGACGCCAGGUGCAGGGCCAGGGACCUUCAAAAAUCUCAAGCGGAGCAGAAGUGCCGUGGCUACCAGGAACUUGCGCAAGGACAGGUCAGAGUCGCCGGGUCCCCCGGGUGGCUUGUGGGAGGAAUUGCAACACCUCACGGUGGAGCAAAAGCAGAUGACCAAGGGUCUGCGCGAAUGUGAGUAUGGGGUCGACAGAUGUGCAGCAUGGGCUUCAGUGCUAUCUAACCUGGAGGACAGGGUUACCGACGUCCUGUUGCGUCGUCGUAGAUAG